AUGGCCAUGGCAAUGGGGGGAGGAGGUGUCAUUCACACGAUAACUGCUGAAAAAGAAACAAACAUUCACGUCGUCGUCAGAGUCAGGCCAAGAAGUGCUCGCGAAAUAAGAGAGAACUCACCCAUAGUCAUCACAACUUCUGGAACUAGGUCAAGAGAAUUGAAUCUACGCGCUGGAGGAGACAUUCAAAAGACUUAUGGUUUUGACAAGGUGUUUGGUCCGGAAGCUGAUCAAGAUGCUGUGUUUACGGAUGUAGUAGCUCCCAUCUUGGAAGAGGUGCUGAUGGGCUAUAAUUGUACUAUUUUUGCAUACGGUCAAACUGGUACAGGCAAAACCUAUACGAUGGAGGGCGAUCUAAAUGAUAUUCGUGGACGAGAUGCAGGCAUAAUUCCAAGGACCUUGCAUUCUUUAUUCGAUACCUUAGAGAGUGACACGAACGAGUAUUCUGUUCGUGUUUCGGGAUCCGUUGUCAUACAAGGAUUGGAAGAGCUUUUGGUCAAGAAUGCCGAAGAUGUGAUUGCCAUCUUGCAACGGGGCUCUGUCCGACGUCAAACAGCUGCAACAAAGAUGAAUGAAGUGUCAAGUCGAUCACAUUGCAUAUUUUCGAUAACCGUCCACAUCAAAGAAACGACACCUGAUGGAGAAGAGCUGCUCAAAGUCGGCAAGAUGAAUCUAGUAGACCUGGCAGGAUCUGAGAAUAUUGGACGAUCUGGUGCAGAAAAGAAUAGGGCGAAGGAAGCUGGCAUGAUCAAUCAGAGUUUGCUCACGUUGGGUCGUGUCAUCAAUGCUCUUGUAGACCGCUCACCCCAUAUACCAUACAGAGAGAGUAAACUGACUCGUCUAUUGCAAGACUCAUUGGGUGGUCGUACCAAGACUUGUAUCAUUGCCGCUGGUGGAUCCAAUCUGGAAGAGUCCAUGUCUACUCUGGAUUAUGCUCAUCGAGCCAAAAACAUUCGCAACAAGCCCGAAGUGAAUCAAAAGAUGACCAAGAAGGCUCUCAUUCGUGAAUAUAUCAACGAAAUUGAACGGCUGAAGGCUGAUUUGUUGGCCACUCGAGAAAAAAAUGGAAUAUUCCUGUCGCCCGACAGCUAUAACAGUCUCAUGAAUGAAAGUCAGAGUCGAAAGGAUAGUCUAGAUGAGGUAUCUCGUAUAAUUUCUUCCAAGGAUCAAAGUAUACGGCAGCUAGAAGAAAAGUUUCAAGCCCAACAGCUUUUAUUUAACGAGAAGUCUACAAAGUUGGAUUUGACAGUGGUCGAGUUGGGCUUGAAAAAGAGCGAGUUGCAAAAGCUCAUGGAAGAAGUGAGAGAAACCCAAAACAGGCUUACUGAACAAAUGGUGCUUACAAUGGCUCAUGCUGAGACUGAAAAAAGAUUGAACGAUGUGGCAUCAGGGCUGGUAACAACGCUUUCUUCAUCAGUAGAAGACGUACAAGGAUUGCAUGACAAAAUAGAUCGAAAGGCUGCCGUCCAGAAUGGCAACAUGAGCACCUUCAAUGAAUUUCGAAAGUCUCUACGGCUUGAUCUUAUUGGCCUAGAAUCUCAGAUAUCAACAUUUCAUGAUCGAUCCAAGGCUAUAAUUCAACGAGUGUCAUCAGGGAUGAAGGAUUUUUCCAAGAAGCAUCUUCAUGAUACUACUGUGCAUAAAACUGAGUUGGACCUAUGUAUUGAUGGCAUACAAACAAGGACACGACAGCUCGUACAGAAUACCACCUCUGCUAGACUUGAUUCGACAACUAGUAUAGAUGAGAUAGAUGCUAUAGCUCAGACAUUACGGACGUCGAUACAGCAGCAGUCUGAGAAGCAACGAGUCAUGUUUGAAGAAACGUGGAAUGUGUCUAUGCAAGAGCUGACUAGGCACAAGACGGAGAUUACAGAGUGGGCAUCUGCUACAAGACAGAUGGUGGGCAUAGUUUUGGAUGGGGCUGCUCAAGAGCUUUCUGAACGUCUAAAGCAACGGCAGAUUGCUGAAAGUAAUCUUCAGGCCUCCAUGCAAACCGAGGCAUGUAUCACAAACCUACGGUCGCAGAUAAGCGCCCUGGAAGCUUCUCUGGCUGCUGAACGAGAAGCUGCUGGUACUGCCAAAUCGAAACUGGUACAAGACGUAUCAUCUCUAAUGGACUCCUUCUUAUCUCAACGUCAAGACGCCAUCUCGUCUGCAACCGUUACAUUCCGAAAUAGUUUAGACACACAUGCCCAACGAGUCACUUCCAUUUUCACAGCUCAAUCGAACGAUGCAUCUAAAGAGACUGCCAGUUGUAAUCAGUCUAUAAUUGAGAUCGAAUCGCAAUCUCAAAAUCUUGGAGUAUCUUUUGAUUCGUUGGGCGAAUUAGUAGAUGGUGGUCACUCGAAGCUUUCAAGACAGUGGGAAGCAGAGCGCUCUCAACGUCUAGAAUCAGCUGCAUCAAUUAGCAUGUUGGUGGAUGGUAGUGUGAAUGGAAUCCAGUCAUCGCUGAAGAAAGUUUCUCGAUCGGUUGUAUCCUCGCAUGAUAGGCAUGUUGUAACUGCUGAAGAAGAGGGUCAAAAAGUCACCGAUGCGUUGAAAUCCGUACAGUCGACGAUAGAGGCAUCAACGAGAGCCGUAUGUGGAUCAACAGAGCAAUGGAGUGGAGAUCUCUCCAAGAGUAUAAAUAUGGCUGUCGACUUUGCUACUAACGGUCGAGCACAUAUACAAGGGAUGCAUGGUGAAAUAGAUAGUAAUCAACUUGCUCAAGAUUUGCCAACAGGGACGACACCUCGAAAGAGGAGUUAUAAGUAUCCUACAUCGUGGGCCCUGACCAAAGAUCAUGAUGAACUGCUGCAAGAAUUCCGUACCAAACAGAAUGACGAUACGUUAGUGAAUAAUUCUCCUAAUCGUUCACGUGAAUCGUCAUUGCGUGAAAAGGCUAAUACUCCCACACCAUCAUAUGGUCAACAGAAUGAUGAUUUAUUUAUGAUGGGGACAGAAAGACCUUCUACGCCUAACAUGAGCAAGUUGCCGAAACUUCGUAAACUUGCUGAUCAAACACCAAGACGCUCCGAUUUGUUUAGCUGA